AUGUCUGUCGAGCCUCCGAAUUAUCGAAAGAAAGGAACAGUAGCACUAGUAUUGAAAUACUACGAGCCAAUGGAAGAACUCACCCUCCAAAGCGAUGCCUCACAAACAGGUCUAGGUACAGUACUCACUCAAAACGGCCAGCCCCUUGCAUUUGCCAUUGGAGCCUUGUCAGACACCGAGACCAGAUAUGCCCAAAUAGAAAAGGAGCUCUUGUCAGUAGUUUUUGGAUGUGGCCGUCAAAUGCAGCUAGCAGAUACGCUUAGUAGAGCAUACUUGCCGCUCACCGAUGCGACACCGUUCGAGAUGGAAGUUCAAAGUGUAAACAUGGUCCAAGAUUUGCCGCUCGCAGCAGCUAGACUGGAUGAUGUCCAAGCCCACACUGCCAAGGAUGACACCUUAAAAGUACUGACCAGAGUCAUCCUGGAAGGCUGGCCGGAAGACAAAACUGCCAUUCCUGCUGCAGCAAUGCCCUACUUCAGUGUUAGGGACGAGCUUAGCGUCCAAAAUGGGAUAAUCCUUCGUGGAAAAAGGGCACUAAUUCCCAAAUCACUCAGACAUGAUAUGCUAAGGCGGAUCCACAUGUCCCACAUGGGUGUGGAGAGGUGUCUACGACGGGCAAGAGAGUGCGUGUACUGGCCUGCCAUGUCCAGUGAGGUGAAGGACUUUAUUCUGAAGUGCGACAUUUGCCGUUCUGUUGACAACAAGCAGCAAAAGAAAACUCUUAUUUCCCAUGAUGUCCCCGACCGUCCGUGGGCCAAAGUGGGGGUUGAUUUGUUCACGUUCAACCAGACCAACUACCUGAUAAUCGUGGAUUACUUCUCUGGGUUCUGGGAGAUCGACCCUCUAGAAAACACUACAGCCAGUCACAAUCAGAAAGAUGAAGAUGCAGUUUGCCCGACAUGGUAUUCCCGAUGUCUGUGUUUCAGACAAUGGCCCACAAUUUACAGCUCAUGA